CAUCAUCAUAAUGGGCCUGGUCAAUUUGCCAACAAUUGAAGACCACUGGGUGACAACAUGGCCUUACUCCAGUGAAGCAUGCAGCAAAGUCCUGAGUCGAGACCGUUUCUCCCUCAUCAUGAAAUUUCUUCACCUGAGUGACAACAGCCAGUAUAUUCCUAGAGGGCAACCAGGUCAUGACCCCUUAUACAAGAUCCGACCACUACUAUCACCCCUACUCGCCAACUUCAAGGCUGCCUACACUCUACAUAGAGAGCUGUCCAUAGACGAGGCGAUGGUGGGCUUCAAGGGAAGGCUGUGUUUUAUCCAGUACCUUCCUAAGAAGCCCACCAAGUGGGGCAUCAAAGCCUACGUCUUAGCAGACAGUGCAACUGGCUACGUCUACAGCUGGAGGCUGUACACAGGUAACCUACUACUACUCAUU